UCAAACGUAGAAUGCGUCGUCCGAACAUUAAAUGGAUGAUCAAGUCGGUGGUGUUGGUCCUCCUCACAUUGAUGCUCUUCCUGCUCAUCACCAGCUGGAUCUCGUCCUCGCCGUACACCAACAAACCAGUUCAUCAUGGCAUUGAACCCGAGGCCUUACCACGUGUCGUUUAUCGAAAUGGCGAUCGUGCAAAAAUUCAUCUCGAUCAACCGGUGCACAGAAAACAUGCGGAUACGAACGAACAGAAUCCUGAACUCCCAGAGGUUGUCUAUGAAGAUGUGCAGGCAGAGGAACCAGCGGGAAUUCCGCCUCCGGCUGUGAAGGAGAAAAGGAAGCAAGCAGCUAAAAAGAAAGAGGAGGAGCAGACGAUGCAAGUGGCAGCGCCCAAUGAGGUUGAUGAUGGUGAUGGGCUAAAGAAGGAUUGGCAUGACUACAAGGCAAUGGUCAGCGACAGCAAGCGAGUGGGCAUCGGGGAGCAGGGCGUGGCAGCCAAGCUGGACGAGAAGGUGAAGGAACUGGAGGAGAAACUUUCCCUGGACAAUGGCUUCAAUGCGCUGCUCUCCGAUUCCAUCUCGGUGAAUCGUUCACUGCCAGAUAUAAGACACAAGGCCUGCCACAGCAAACUGUACCUCAAGAAGCUGCCCACUGUUUCUGUGGUCAUCAUCUUCUACAAUGAAUAUCUGUCCGUCCUGAUGCGAUCCGUGCACAGUUUGAUCAAUCGCUCGCCUCCCGAGCUGCUCAAGGAGAUCAUUCUUGUGGAUGAUUUCAGUGAUCGUGCCGAACUCUACAAACCUUUAGAGAACUACAUAGCCGAGCACUUUAGCUUCGUGCGCGUUGUGCGUUUGCCUCAGCGCACUGGCUUGAUUGGAGCACGUUCGGCGGGUGCUCGAAAUGCCACCGCAGAAGUGCUGAUCUUCCUCGAUUCGCACGUCGAGGCCAACUACAAUUGGCUGCCUCCGCUGCUGGAGCCGAUUGCACAGAAUAAACGCACUGCCGUCUGUCCAUUCAUCGAUGUCAUCGAUCACUCCAAUUUCAAUUAUCGGGCGCAGGACGAAGGACAACGCGGUGGCUUCGAUUGGGAAUUCUACUACAAACGUUUGCCUCUGACGGCGGAGGAUUUGAAGCAUCCAGCUGAGCCGUUCAAGAGUCCUGUCAUGGCUGGCGGUCUCUUUGCCAUUUCCACCGAAUUCUUCUGGGAAUUGGGAGGCUACGAUGAGGGUCUGGACAUUUGGGGCGGAGAACAGUACGAGUUGAGUUUCAAGAUUUGGAUGUGCGGUGGUCAAAUGUUCGAUGCACCUUGCUCCCGUGUGGGACACAUCUAUCGUGGACCACGCAAUCAUGUGCCCAGUCCACGCAAAGGCGAUUACCUGCAUAAGAACUACAAGCGUGUGGCGGAAGUCUGGAUGGAUGAGUACAAAAACUAUUUGUAUGCCAAUGGCGAUGGCAUCUACGAGAAGAUCGAUGCUGGCGAUUUGACCGCACAGAAGGCGAUACGCACCAAGCUGCAGUGCAAAUCCUUCAAGUGGUUCAUGGAGGAGAUAGCUUUUGAUCUGAUGAAAGUCUAUCCACCUGUGGAGCCGCCCAACUAUGCUAGCGGUGCCAUACAGAACGUGGGCGAUCCAACGCUCUGCGUUGAUACGCUCAGUCGCAGGCGUCACAAUAAAAUGGGUGUCUAUCAAUGUGCCAUCGAUUUGGUGAAGCCACAGAAAUCACAAUACUGGGCGCUGAGUUGGAAGCGAGACAUAAGAUUACAUCGCAAGAAGGAUUGUCUCGAUGUGCAGCUGUGGGAUAAGAACGCACCGAUUUGGCUGUGGGAUUGCCAUGGACAGAAGGGCAAUCAAUAUUGGUACUACGACUAUCGCAAAAAGAUGAUUAGACACGGCUUGGAAGGCAAACGUUGCAUGGAACUCUUACCAGAUUCCGAUGAGUUGGUGGUCAACACCUGUGAUCCAAAUAACAAGUACAUGAAGUGGACGUUUGGCUUUGUCAACAAGACAGCGCUGGACAACUAUAGCCAAGAUCUGGAGCUGGCGCUGAAGUUUUAGGAGUAGUAAUAACGAUAUUGAUAGUCAUAGAGAGUGUGUCUGUAUGUGAGUGUGUGUGUGCGUGUAAGGUUUUAAAAUUCACUCGCCUCUUGCCAUGUACUUAAAACGCAAUUGUGAAGUCUAAUUUUUUGUAUCUUAUGUAGUUUUAUGUACAGACAAUAAGUAUUUGAAGAAGAGUGUAGAGUAUAAACUGUAAGAGAGAGAAAUUUUCAUGUUCCGAACGCACAUUCCAAUUGUCAUUAAAUUCGAAACAAUUAAGAGAGAGUCCUAUAUAUAAUUCCGAUUGCCACGAAGCCUUGUUGUUACCCUUGUACCCUUACCUUGGGUACAAAAAAAUAAUAUCUACAAUAUGUAAAUGAAAAUUGACAGAGUUUGUUUAACUUUGUUUGUCGUUUUAUUUAAUAUUAAUAUCUGGUUGCUUUCAAUACGCGUACUUUAAAUAAAUAUAAUUUAUGUUUUUCAUAUA